GGUUUGGCUUGGCGCAUGCGCACAGUGUGGACAGCUGAUAACUCAUCUAUUAUGCUACUUGGCCAUUAAAUAAAAACCCAGCAGAGAAGCUUCUGGAUCCGCCGCUGGACCAACCGGAGCACCACAGAACAAAGUCCUGCGAUGGGAGUUGGUCUCUACGGGGGAUCGUCUGAGCCGAAGCGUCUCCACCUGCAGCGCCUGAACUGAAAACACCUGAACCCCCGCCCCCCUCCCCCCUCAUUUGGGCUGCCACGUUUUCUCACCGCGUCAGACGCUGCAUUCCCACGGUGCAUUGCUGUGCCUCCAUCGUCCACCAUGUCGGACGCCCCUGAGGCUGCGCCCGCCAGCCCCCCUCCCAUCACCAACCCGCCCCCCCCAGAGGUGUCCAACCCCAACAAACCUGGCAGGAAGACCAACCAGCUCCAGUACAUGCAGAACGUGGUGGUGAAGACGCUGUGGAAGCAUCAGUUCGCCUGGCCCUUCUACCAGCCGGUGGACGCCAUUAAGCUCUGUCUGUGGGACUACCAUAAGGUCAUCAAGAACCCCAUGGACAUGGGGACCAUCAAGAAACGCCUGGAGAACAACUAUUACUGGAGCGCCAGUGAGGCCAUGCAGGACUUUAACACCAUGUUUACCAACUGUUACAUCUACAACAAGCCUACAGACGACAUCGUGCUCAUGGCCCAGGCCCUGGAGAAGAUCUUCCUACAGAAGGUGGCCCAAAUGCCGCAGGAGGAGGUUGCUCUGCUGCCGCCGGCGCCCAAAGGGAAGAACAAGAGCAAACAGCCGGCCGCCACCACAGUGAGUCAGCAGGCGGAGUCCUCGGCCUCCCCUCCUGCCUCCUACCCCUCCCCAUCCCAGACGCCCAUCAUCUCCACCACUCCCACGCCUGUGCCUGCCACGCCCCCUGUGCCGGCCCCGCAACCCCCGGCAACCAUGAUGCCGUCUGCGCAGCCUGUCGUCAAGCAGAAGAAAGGCGUGAAGAGGAAAGCUGACACCACCACUCCCACCACGUCGGCCAUCUCUGCAGGACGCGCAGACUCGCCGUCCCCUCAGGACCCCAAACCGGCCAAACUGGCCUCAUCGCGGCGGGAGGCCGCCGCCCGCCCUGCCAAGACCCGCCGUGAGACGGUAGAGGAGGUGGCAGGAGGCGACCCUGCUGUGGGAGGGGUGGGGGCGGGAGCCAGGAAGGGCGGGAAGCUGGGCGAGCAGAUGAAGCACUGCGACGCCAUCCUGAAGGAGAUGCUGUCCAAGAAGCACGCCGCCUACGCCUGGCCCUUCUACAAGCCUGUGGACGCCGAGGCGCUGGAGCUGCACGACUACCAUGACAUCAUCAAACACCCCAUGGACCUCAGCACGGUCCGGAAAAAAAUGGACAAAGGAGAGUACAGUGACCCGCAGAGCUUCGCCACCGAUGUCAGGUUAAUGUUCUCCAACUGUUACAAGUACAACCCCCCAGACCACGAGGUGGUGGCCAUGGCCCGCAAACUGCAGGACGUGUUCGAGAUGCGUUUCGCUAAGAUCCCCGAUGAGGGCCUGGAGGUCUCCGUCCCUUCCACCACCCCGGUGGUCAGUAAAAGCACCGCCUCCUCCGACAGCAGCAACAACUCCUCCUCCGACGAAUCCUCCGACUCCGAGGAGGAGCGUGCCACGCGACUGGCCGAGCUACAGGAGCAGCUGAAGGCUGUGCACGAGCAGCUGGCCGUCCUGUCGCAGGCGCCCGUCAGCAAGCCAAAGAAGAAGAAAGAGAAGAAAGACAAAGAAAAGAAGAAGGACAAGGACAAAGGCAACAAAGCCAAGAUAGAAGAAGAGAAGAAGCCUAAGGCCGCUGCCCAGCAACCCAAACCAGCCAAUCAGAAGAAAGCACCAGCCAGGAAAGCCAACAGCACCGUCACAGCCACCAGGCAACCGAAGAAAGCCAACAAGACAUCGGGAGGCGGAUCGGCCAAUGGAGACGACGGCGAGGAGUCGUCUCUGCCCAUGUCGUACGAUGAGAAGCGGCAGCUGAGCCUGGACAUCAACCGUCUGCCGGGGGAGAAGUUGGGCCGGGUCGUCCACAUCAUCCAGUCCAGAGAACCGUCGCUGAGAGACUCCAACCCCGACGAGAUCGAGAUCGACUUCGAGACGCUCAAACCCUCCACGCUGCGGGAGCUGGAGCGCUAUGUCAAAUCCUGUCUGCAGAAGAAGCAGAGGAAGUUACUGCAAAAAGCAGCUGGAGGCGGAGCCUCAGGAGGCGGGGCCAGUCGUUUGAGUGGCAGCUCCUCCUCUUCCUCAGAAUAUUAUGAGGUUCUGGUCCGGCCCACCAUGCUCAGUGGACCAGCCUCUGGUACCAGGUUCUGCAUCAGCAGCUCCAUAAAGACUGGGUGGGUGGUGCCAUCAGAACACCCAGUGGACCAGAUCCAGCUGAAAUCAUUGCUGACUGGAACGUUCAGUCUGGUGGGUUCUGGUUCUGUCCGCCCCCGUGGUGCGUUCGAGGACACCUCUGCUGGAAGCCUUGAAGAGGACGUAAGCGGAUCAGAACCAUCGACACCCAGCAGGACCGGCGUUGGGCUGCCAGAACCCAGAGGUCCGGUUGGUGGGUUCUGGACAAGGUCCAAACAGGAGACCCUUUUAAUCCUUGAUCAGAGGGGUCCAUUCAGGACCGGUUCUGUUCUGUUGGCACCUGGACCGGACCGGGAUCAGAAUCCCACCAUCGUUCUGCCGGUCCUGGUUCUGUCUGCUGAUCCGGCUGCAGCAUCCUGA